AUGUCAACUUUAGAUGCCACAAAACUUGAUAGGGAAUGGACCGAUUGGCAGAUUGUUCGAUUAGAUCCAUCUGCAGAGACCCGAUUCGUUACGAAGUCGGAGUUCCUGAUCACUACAGAUCAGGAAAUGUACGAUUUUCUACAAGAAAUCGUCAUGGAAAUGCAGAAAUUCGAGUGUCCGAGGGCCGAAGCAGUGGCGCGCAUCAAUGACCUCUGGGGCGGGAUGGUUUUCAAAGAGCCUGAUCUGCUUACACACGAGAUGCCCGAACACUGGGCGCAUUUUCUUUACUAUGAAGAUGCGAAAUAUUGGGAUGAGAAUGAAGAUAGGUCAACGUGGACAGUAAAGGAAGCACCACCUAAGGAGUCUGCUUCGUGGACAUUGAAGGAAUAA